UAAUACAAAACACAAUGCUUUAGGUUAGAGGAAGUUUUGGGAAGUAAGAAAAUAAUUAGCUUGGAUGAAAAUUGUGGAAAAUAUGAGAACCAAGGGAAGAGCAACUCCAUUCAUGUGCCUUUGGUGGAUUUGUCCAAAGAAGACAAUGAAGAACAAAACACCACUGAUAGAGAUUCUGAUGGAGACAGUGUGAUAAUGAUCAAGGAGUUGCUUUCACCCCAAGACCAAAGGAACUCCCUUGAGGAAAGACUCAAAGAACAUCCAACUUAUGAUCUUGAGUGGGUCAAAACUAUGCAGAAAGAAUAUGAAGAUAGGGCAUAUACUGCUCAGAAGAAUGCUGACGCUGCAUCAGAACUUAUUGAGGAAUUGCAGCAAAGAAGGAGCAAAAAAGUCUCUCUGCAUGAGAAAGUUACACAGGGACUGAAACUCCUUGAUCUCACCUAUCCAUCCAAGUAUACUGAAGUACAGCUUCCAGAUGAGGAAGAAGAAGAUAUACUUGUGCCUCUAACUCCAGAGAUGGAGGAUGAGAUUAAUGAUGCCCUGAACAAAACUCCACAAUCUGAAGUCUUGAUUGAAAAGUUCCACAUUCAAAUCACCCAACGAGAUAUUAAAACUCUGGAUGGAUUAAAUUGGCUCAAUGAUGAGGUUAUCAACUUUUAUAUGAAUUUGUUAAUGGAGCGAAGUCAGAAAAAUGUCAACUACCCAAGAGUAUAUGCCUUCAACACUUUCUUCUAUCCUAAGCUAUCCAAGAGUGGAUAUCACUCUGUUCGCAGAUGGACUAAGAAGGUGGACCUAUUCAGUUAUGACAUGCUUCUUGUACCUAUUCAUUUGGGAAUGCAUUGGUGCAUGUCUGUUGUGGACUUCAAAACAAAAUGCAUUAGCUACUAUGACUCAAUGCUGCACAACAAUCAGUGGUGUUUAGAGUCCUUACUGGAAUACUUAAAAGCAGAGCACCAAGACAAAAAAGGCUUACCAUAUGACACAGAUGUCUGGAAACUACAAAACAAGAAGCUGUGUUUUCCGUUGUCAGGCUGUCCUGCUUGUCCAUUAAACUCGACAUCACUUCCUUCAUGUACACCUCGGUCCCACUAUAAACGUCUAAUAGGAUAUCCCACAGCAGAUGAAUGGCUCUGAUUGUGGCAUGUUUGCAUGCAAGUUUGCUGACUACCUGUCUCGCCGAGCUAAGAUUAUGUUUGAUCAACAACACAUGCCUUACUUCCGAAGAAGAAUGGUUUAUGAAAUCAUUAGUGCUAAAUUGCUUUAGUUCAGGAGUUUAUGCAAGAUGUAUGAGUCAUUUCUUUAUAUUUUUGCUGAAAUGUAUUGAAAGAAGAAAUAAAGAAGACACUAAU